GGCUCAGAGGAACCCCCCGAGCCACCGACGCGCGGGAGUGCCGCCGAGGACGCCGCUUGGGGCGCAUCGAUGGAUUCCGGAGGCGAAACGACUCGGCACUCGACGGCCCUGUGGUCCAGCAGCAUGGACACGUCCCUCAGAGACUCCGCGGACACAACGGACUCCGAAGACCGGGGAAUCCUCAGCGAAGACAGCAGCUGCGACGAAGAGGCCUGCUCGCCGGGAGGCAGCUCCGGCUACGGCCGCGUCUCGUCCACGUCCCCGUCGGGCACGUCCGUGCUGAACCUCCGGCGGCCCCGCAAGGCCACCCGGCGCAUGUUCACCAACAGCCGCGAGCGCUGGAGACAGCAGAACGUGAACGGGGCCUUUGCGGAGCUGCGGCGCCUGGUGCCCACGCACCCGCCGGACAAGAAGCUGAGCAAGAACGAGAUCCUUCGGCUGGCCAUCCGCUACAUCCGGCUCCUGAGCAGCAUCCUGGACUACCAGAAGCGACGGGACGGACUCCUGCUGCUCUGCUCCGUGCGCGUCAAGGCGGAGCCACCGGACAGUCCGCCCAGCUCGCCGGCGUCGAGCCUGAGCAGCGCGGCCGAGCCUUGACAGGGACCGGCGGCCUCGGCAU